UUUAGCUUACGGUCGGAGGGGUCGCUGCAGGGACAGAACGUUUCUGUUAUCAACUUCCGCCCGAGGAUUCAAGCUUCCACCGGAAGUGUGCUUGUUCUCUUUUACCAGGGCCGAUCCAACAUGGGACGAGUCAGGACCAAGACGGUGAAAAAGGCUGCCAGGGUCAUCAUCGAAAAAUACUACACCCGGCUGGGAAAUGACUUCCACACCAACAAGAGGGUGUGCGAAGAAAUAGCCAUCAUCCCCAGCAAGAAGCUCCGCAACAAGAUCGCUGGGUAUGUAACACAUCUGAUGAAGAGGAUUCAGAGGGGUCCAGUCAGAGGAAUCUCCAUCAAACUGCAGGAGGAAGAGAGAGAGAGGAGAGACAACUAUGUACCAGAGGUGUCUGCUUUGGACCAGGAGCUGAUUGAAGUUGAUCCCGACACCAAGGAGAUGCUGAAGCUGCUGGAUUUUGGCAGCCUGUCCAACCUGCAGGUCACCCAACCUACUGUCGGCAUGAACUUCAAGCAGCCCCGAGGAGUCUAAGCUCUGUACAGUAUCUUCCCAAUAAAAUCCAUUUGGGACAAAGA